AGAACGAGUCUUUGGUACGGCCACCGGAAACAGGAAGUGUAUAGUCAUCAUAACGCGAUCUUCUUACAGAAAUACGUUGCAUUCCGUGUAUAUUUAUCAUUGUUGCACAGAACACAGUCUGUGUUUAUUUUAAAGACUUGCAGUGUUAGAAUGUGUGUCAUUUGAACUAAGAGAAUUACGUCAUUUCUUCUGUGUUAUCUGUCGUGAGGUUUCACAAUGUCGGGCAGUUUUUAUUUUGUUAUGGUGGGUCAUCAUGACAACCCGGUGUUCGAGAUGGAGUUUCUUCCUUCUGGAAAGGCAGAAUCAAAGGAUGACCACAGACAUCUGAAUCAGUUCAUCGCUCAUGCGGCUCUGGAUCUGGUGGAUGAGAACAUGUGGUCGUCCAACAACAUGUAUCUGAAGACUGUGGACAAGUUUAAUGAAUGGUUCGUGUCUGCAUUCGUCACCGCUGGUCAUAUGAGAUUUAUAAUGCUGCAUGAUGUCCGGCAAGAAGACGGAAUCAAGAACUUCUUUAAUGAUGUUUAUGAGCUGUACAUCAAGUUUGCAAUGAAUCCCUUCUAUGAAGUCAACGCACCGAUUCGCUCCACAGCGUUGGACAGGAAAGUGCAGUUUCUCGGAAAGAAACAUCUGCUCAGUUAAUUACUUUCAUAUUA